AUGCACUUCACUUCUUUGAUCCCCCUUGCAGCUCUGGCUUCCCUUGCCAGUGCGGCCGGGAGCGCUGUUGUUCAGAACCACUGCGACUCCACUGUCUAUCUUUGGUCAGUCGGAGGCUCAGUCGGGCCUAUGCAAACUCUCAACCCUGGCGCAUCAUAUAGCGAGGAGUUCUACCAUGACCCAGCCUCUGGCGGUAUUGCCAUCAAGAUCACCGACACGCCUAAUGGCCUCUAUGACGGAAGCCCCGAGUUGAUCUAUGCCUAUACUCUUGACCCGACGAACCUCUUCUACGACCUUUCCAGCAUUUUCGGGAAUGCCUUUGAGGGCGAAACCCUUGCUGUUAAGUCCGGAAGCCCGAGCUGUCCAUCCAUCUGUUGGGCCGAUGGAAUCUCUCCCGCCGGAAGCCAAGUCAAGUCCUGUGGGCCCGACGCCAACGAGACCCUGACUCUGUGUGCCUCCAGCUGCUAG